CAACACACCCACCCAUACACACACACAUACACACACACAUGCGCACAGAGACUAACAGCAGUCAGAGACUACUAAAGGAGGUGGAAAAUUAUUUAAAGAUAGUCAAGUUCGUUCGGCUCUAAUAUUCGACAGUCAUAUGAUGGACGUUUCGCGUAUCGUAUCGUAACGACGUUGUUUUAUUGCGGCGCGUGCAUCGCAAGUUGCUCCAUUUCGUACGACUGGAACUGAACUUUUAAAAACCGUGCAAAAACGCUCAGCGAAAACGCAGAAGCAGCGGCGGUGACAUCGGCAGCAGCGUUGACGUUGCCGGCGGGAGGCAGCUUGGCAGCAAACUCAUUCAAAUUUAAUUCAACGACCAAGCGGGCCAAACAAAAAGUGUCAAGCCUCACGCUGCAGCGGUUCAAUAAGCGCCGUGGAACGGUCCUGAUCGUACGCGUCGGUGUCUCCAUCUUGUUUUAUUUUUGUUGUUUGUGUUUUUUUUUCUGUUCUCUGUUCCGUUAGUUUGCGGGUGCACCCUGUCUUGAUUCGUUUUUAACUUAAAGAAAAAAUAAGCCCAACUAUAAAAACUAUUGCGAUCGGUUAUAAAAUUUAUAAAAAAAAUUAGUUUUUCAAGUAUAGCCAAGUAAAACUUUUGCGACACCUGAGCAUGUCGCCAAGACGUUGGAUCCUUUUGCUCAUCUUCUACAUAUCAUAUUUAAUGUUUGGUGCCUCAAUCUACUAUCACAUCGAACAUGGCUUGGAGAAGAUAAAUCGUUCCGCCGAGCUGAAGGAACGCAUUAUCAUUUAUGAUUAUCUGGUGUCGGAGCUGGCCGAUAAGAAUGCGACAGUGCAGCAAGAGAUUUUGGAAAGGAUCGGCAAUUAUUGUGGCAAACCGGUUACGGACCACACGCAGGAUGAAUCAGAUAUACCCUACACAUGGACCUUCUAUCAUGCCUUCUUCUUUGCCUUUACGGUAUGCUCAACCGUGGGAUAUGGCAACAUAUCUCCUACAACGACGCUAGGACGGAUGAUUAUGAUAGUAUACUCAAUGAUCGGUAUACCGGUUAAUGGAAUACUUUUUGCAGGCUUGGGAGAAUACUUUGGUCGCACGUUUGAGGCCAUCUAUCGCCGCUAUAAGAAGUACAAAAUGUCGAGCGAUCUGCACUAUGUUCCACCCCAGUUAGGACUGAUCACCACUGUGGCUAUAGCCCUCAUUCCGGGCAUUGCGCUCUUCAUUUUGCUGCCUUCCUGGGUGUUCUCAUAUUUUGAGAGCUGGCCCUAUUCGAUAGCUCUAUAUUACAGCUACGUUACGACAACGACAAUUGGUUUUGGCGACUAUGUGCCCACCUUUGGUGCCAAUCAGCCCAGUGAAUUUGGCGGCUGGUUUGUGGUCUAUCAAAUUUUUGUGAUUGUCUGGUUUAUAUUCUCGCUGGGCUAUUUGGUAAUGGUCAUGACCUUCAUUACACGCGGAUUGCAAAGCAAGAAACUAGCUCAACUGGAACAACAGCUUUCAUCCAAUUUGAAGGCUACGCAGAAUCGCAUCUGGACUGGCGUUACCAAGGAUGUUGGCUAUCUGAGGCGACUGCUUAACGAGCUUUACAUACUGAAAGUGAAGCCCGUCUAUACCGAUGCCGAUUUCGCUUACACAUUGCCCCGCUCCGCUUCCUGUCCAGAGCUCAGUAUGUAUCGGAUCGAUCCGGCACCCAUACCAAGUCGCAAGCGCGCCUACUCCAUUUGCGCAGAUCUGGCGGCAGCGGAGGCGGCUCGUGGCGACGGUAUUACGCCCAUGGUCCAUGCCAGCUCCGACACGGAGCUCAGCAAAUUCGACCGAACCAAGACGUUCGAAACGGCGGAGGCCUAUCGACAAACUACCGAUCUACUUGCCAAGGUGGUCAAUGCUUUGGCUACUGUGAAGCCAUCGCCCCCGGAGGCUGACGAUGCCGCGCUCUACGGAGGCUAUCACGGAUUUUCCGACUCACAGAUUCUUGCUAGCGAGUGGUCCUUUUCGACGAUGAAUGAGUUCUCAGAGCCCCCACGUCACCCCCGUGCUCGUGCUUGCUCUGACUUUAAUAUUGGAGCACCGCGCUGGCGCGGCCAGCGUCCACUGCGCGUUCCGCACAAUGAGUGGACCUGGAGUGGUGACAACGAGCAGAUACAGGAAGCUUUUAAUAAUCGAUAUAAAAGUCAGCAGAACGGCUUAGAUCCCUAUGUGGUUCACAUGGAGGAGCACGAGCCAGAAGAUCACAUGAAGAAGGCAGUUGGUACACGUGUGAAGAAAUUCUCAAUGCCCGAUGGCCUCCGGAGGCUGUUCCAUCGCAAACGCCCAUCGCAGGAUGUAGAGCGAAAAUUGUCAGUUGUGUCGGUGCCAGAGGGAUCCGCUGCUUUACCGCAGCGUCAAUCUUUGGACUACUACAGCAGCACAGUCACAGCGGGAUCUAAUCCCGCAAACUUCCGGAAUGGUCUGCACGGCUUGCACGGUCCGCCGCCACCCUUUGCCUCCAAUGCCAGUCUACCCAGCACAACCGGUGGCGGCAUAACAAAUCAUGGCUUCCAGCAAGAUGAAACGGAACAGUCCAUCUUUAAUACCGGCACCCACACUAGCGCUUACCAGCGCAAGUCGGCUCUUGGCACCACUGCAGCAGCGGCGGGAAAACGACGUCGCGAAUCUAUUUACACGCAGAAUCCAGUCCCAUCGGCACGCCGAGGCAGCAUGUAUCCUCCCACCGCGGCAGCACUGGCGCAAAUGCAGCGGCGUGGUAGCUUGGCAACCACCAGCGGCUCAGCCGCUAUGGCCACCGCAGCAGCACGACGUGGCAGCUUAUUCCCGGCGACUGCUGCACCACGCCGCUCUAGCAUUUUCUCGGUUACCUCGGAGAAAGACAUGGACGUGUUGGAGCAGACCACAAUUGCAGAUCUAAUCCGAGCCCUCGAGGUGGUGCAUACGCACGCCGUACUGGAUGAGCAACAACAAGCGGCAGCUGCGCCACUACCAACUAAAAGCAGCAAGGCGGACCGAAAGCAGCGCAAAAUGGGGAACGCAGGACUGGAUCUACCCACAGUGCCAGGCAUGCUAUCGCUCUUUGCCGGCGAUCAAACGCGUACGCUACAAGCAGCCGCAGCCAAUCGCCUUUACUCACGACGCUCCACCAUCAUAGGAACCAUGUCAGCCGGCAACGUCGCAGGUCGUCGGCCUUCGGGCAUGCAAAUGAUUGAACCACCGCCUAGCUACACGGAGAAACCACAACCGCCACUCAAUGCUAUUACAGCUCCGGCCACAUCUACUUCCUCGACUGGCGUUUCAAGCAAAUUCCGGCGCCGCUUCAGUGUGCGACCGACAGCUCUGCAAAUUCCGCCUGGGCAAGCCCCUCCUCCUGGUGAUACACUGAACGAGGAUUUGGGGGCACUCGGGUUAUCGCAAACCUCCCUUCAGCGGCGCAUUUCCCUCCGCCCCUCGCCUUUGGCGCGUGAAGCUUCACCACCGUCACCGACGACAGCUCUCGAUGAGGCUAGCACUGCUCUGACCACUUCGGUGCCGCCGUUGGCUGAUAUGCCGAAAUCUUCUACGCGUUUGCUGCCCUCAGGCGUAGGCGCUGCGGGAAUGCGACCUAGCACGAGUAGUACCCACUCGCCCCUUUCGCGCAUCGUGCAAAUAUCACAGGCGCAGCGAAAGAGCAGUAAGCCCGAGGCGUUUGGUGCUGUCCGCAAACUGCCUGGUUCUGGAGGUACGGGAACAGGCGCUGCAGGCAGCGCCGAUAAGUAAGCCCCACCACCACAUCUUCCGCUCAAAUGUUUUUUGGUAGAUCCAUACAAACUUACCUUCGCUGUACAUACUAGAUAUGUGUUUAUCAACUCAAAAUAUAAUGCAUAAUACAUAUACUUAGUAUAUACUCGUACAUACACGUUGGCUCCCAGCUUAAUAAAACAAGUUAGUGCUUGUAAAUGUAAGGUGGAAAACCAUAGAUAAGCUAAAAGCCAAUAUGAAGAAUUGAAGUUGAUCUUUGAACUAUGCAUGUACAUAUAUAAUAACAAGAUUAUCUUUGCUUUUAUUGCUGCUGUUUUUAAAACAAUGUAUCUUAUCUAAAAACUCACAGUUACUGUAUGUCACAGGUUAUUUGAACCACUUGGGGUCAAGCUUCAAUCUUCAUAUAAAUAUUAUGUUUUAUUUAUUUUCUUAUACUUAGUAUUAUAUUUGUUUCUACUGGAUUUAAUUCUUGUUGGAUGAGCAUUCCAUACAUAUUUAACUGUUAAAUUUUAGAACUAGUAAUCUAUUUUGUUAAGUAGAAGACUCGCAUUUGGGAACAGCCUUACUAACUUAUACACGAGCCCACAAAUUAUAACGGAGAACGAGCUUAAAUGAACAAAAAUCGACAGCUUCCAUUUCUAAUAUACCAACAUAGUUACAUAUAUGCGGAUAUAUACCAAAAUGUAAAACAAAAAAAUGUAAAGCUUUGAUUAAAUUAAUUUCAAUAUACAUACGUA